AUACUCAGAAGACCCUGUUGCUCGUGAACCACCAUCGCCCCUUACAUAGCUCCUCUGCCACCGCGAGCUGCUUCGCCGCUGCAAGGCUUCGUCUCUUCCGUCGCUCUCUCUCUCUCUAUUUCCGCCGCCGGAAGCUGGAACGAGGUUUCGCGAGAGCUUCUCCUUCUCGCACCCUUGCUGUGUCACAGUGAACCUUUAACUGAACUGAACCUUGAAUUGCUGAACUCUGUUUUUUCUGCUAUUAUUCAUAUUUCAUAUCAGAAUGUGUGAAACUGGUUCAUCAAAAUCACAGGUGUUGUUGCCUUUAAAUCUAGGAAGAAUGCCACUGGUUUGGUUAGUGCUCCAGGAACUUAUGAUUUGGUUAUUAUGUAUGGUUUAGGAGAUGUACUAAGUAAAGUUGCACUCUAUUAUUGUUGUUUGUUGAAGUUUGCUUUAGUAUGAAGUUGGUAUGUUGAAUUUGUUUGGUUAAUGUAUCUUUAGGUACUAGUCUACUAUCUUUGUAUUCCAUAACAGGUUUUCAUAGGUAUUUUUUUUCAUUUUUGGUAAAUUCGGUACGGACUCUAAACUAGUUUACGCAUAAUUGUGAGUUUGACAACCUUGAGUCUAGACAUUUCAUGUUUAGAAUAAUUAGUUAAUUACUUUUACCUUUAUUUUAGAGAUAACCAAAGAGAUCAGAAUGCUAAACUCAGGGGCGGACCCACGUAGGGCCCAGGGUUCAGUUGAACCCCCUGAAAAAAAAAUUUUUUAACCUACCCCUAUAAUAUAUUUUUUUUGAACCCCCUGAAAAUUUAAUAUUGCACCCUAGACCCCAACUCCUCUCUCUCACACUAUAGUCACUACUAGUCAGAUCUCUCUCCUCUCACAGUCACCACGCACUCACUCUGCACUCACGCUCUCAUUCUCUGAUUUCCCAAGCUGGCCAAGCACCACCACCGGCCACCACCACGCCGGCCGCCGCCGCCGCACAACCACGUGCCACUCUCCAGCCGUGCGCCCCUGCCUUUGGCUGUGCCUCUGCGGUUCUAAUUUCUACAGGAGAGUUGUGAGAAACCUUGGCAACAAGAAAAUUGAGGUUUUUGGUGGCCAUGAAAGGAGGAAGGAAGAAUUUGAAAAGGGCAACAGAGGAAAAACAUGUAACCCUUCAAGAUGGCCAAAGCAUCACGCAAGUGGUGUCUCUUCGAGGCUCCAAUCUCAUUGAGGUCAUGGAUGCAUGUGGUGAGAAAUCACUAGCUCUAUUUCCUGCUAAGUUUCAGAAAAGCAUGUGGAUAAAACGAGGGAGCUUCGUGGUAGUUGAUGACGCUGGAAAGGAAAAGGCUCUUGAAUCAGGUAGCAAGGUUGCAUGUCUUGUUUCUCAAGUUCUUUUCUAUGAACAAGUUCGAGCACUACAGAAAUCUCCAGAAUGGCCUGAAAUUUUUAAAACUGAGAUGGUAGAUGGUUUAUACGAAACAACCACCUCCCAACAAGUGAAUGAGACGGACGAGAGUGAUGAUGAUGGACUACCUCCAUUGGAAGCCAAUACAAACAGGAUUAGGCCUCCUGAGUUCGAUGAAGAUACAGAAUCGAAUUCAGAUACAGAUGAUUGAAUCUCAUAAUUAGGUUUUCAUACUUGCAUAUUCAAUCAUCAAUUCAUGUAAAAGAAUGUUACUGUUUAGAUGUUUCAACUUGUAACUGAGUUUGCAUUGACAUGCCAAACUAUAAAACACGGACAGACCGUAAAUCAUUUGUUUGAUUAAUUGCCUUUUGAACUGCUUAUUUUUCCUCA